CUGUAGCGAGUGGUGUCAGCGGGCGCGAGGGCAGAGUCCACAGCGGGCGCGGCCGGCGGGGCGGGACUUCGGGAAGCUGCCUGGACUUGGCCGCCGCUGGGUGCAGCCGCGGGUCUGUCCGCCCAGGCGCGCUUGCUUUCCAGGAGUUCAUUCCUGCUGCCUUCAGCCCCGUUCGGCUAAGGACCCGGUUGCCAUGGUGAAGGAGAAAGUGGCCCACCCUCAGGACCCCCACCAUCCAUCAGAGAGGCCUGUCAUUCACUGCCAUAAAUGUGGGGAGCCAUGCAAAGGAGAAGUGCUUCGGGUCCAGACCAAACACUUCCACAUCAAAUGUUUCACCUGCAAAGUGUGUGGCUGUGACCUGGCCCAGGGGGGCUUCUUCAUAAAGAACGGAGAAUACCUCUGCACCCUGGACUACCAGCGGAUGUACGGGACACGCUGCCAUGGCUGUGGGGAGUUCGUGGAGGGCGAGGUGGUGACUGCCCUGGGCAAGACGUACCACCCCAACUGCUUUGCUUGUACGAUCUGCAAGCGCCCAUUUCCACCCGGAGACCGAGUCACGUUCAAUGGAAGAGACUGCCUCUGUCAGCUCUGUGCCCAGCCGAUGUCUUCCAGCCCUAAAGAAGCCACCUGCUCCAGCAACUGUGCUGGCUGCGGAAGAGACAUCAAGAAUGGGCAGGCGCUGCUGGCACUGGACAAGCAGUGGCACUUGGGUUGCUUCAAAUGCAAGUCCUGCGGCAAGGUCCUCACGGGCGAGUACAUCAGCAAGGACGGCGCCCCAUACUGUGAGAAGGACUACCAGCGGCUCUUCGGGGUGAAGUGUGAAGCCUGUCACCAGUUUAUCACAGGGAAGGUGCUGGAGGCAGGUGACAAACAUUAUCACCCCAGCUGUGCACGAUGCAGCAGAUGCAACCAGAUGUUCACAGAAGGAGAGGAAAUGUAUCUUCAAGGUUCCACCGUUUGGCAUCCCGACUGUAAGCAAUCGACUAAGACAGAGGAAAAGCUGCGGCCUACCAGGACCUCCUCUGAUAGUAUUUAUUCUAGACCUGGAUCCAGCAUCCCUGGCUCACCAGGCCACACCAUCUAUGCAAAAGUAGACAAUGAAAUUCUGGAUUACAAGGAUUUAGCAGCCAUUCCCAAGGUCAAGGCAAUCUAUGACAUUGAACGUCCAGAUCUUAUUACCUAUGAACCUUUCUACACUUCAGGCUACGAUGACAAACAGGAGAGGCAGAGCCUUGGAGAGUCUCCAAGGACUUUGUCUCCUACUCCGUCAGCGGAAGGCUACCAGGAUGUUCGGGAUCGGGUGAUCCACCGGUCCACCAGCCAGGGCUCCAUCAACUCCCCUGUCUACAGCCGUCACAGCUACACUCCUACCACGUCACGCUCGCCCCAGCAUUUCCACAGACCUGAGCUGUUGUCUUCUGGUGUGCAGAGGCUGUCUCACCUGCGCACCAGCAGCUUCAGCUCCACCCACAGUGACUCCCGCCCCAACCCCCCCUUCAGACACCACUUCCUCCCCCACCUCAAAGGCAAUGAGCCAUCCAGCGGCCGGAACUCCCCUCUCCCUUACCGGCCCGACAGCCGCCCUCUAACUCCAACUUACGCUCAGGCCCCUAAACAUUUCCAUGUUCCAGAUCAAGGGAUCAACAUUUACCGAAAACCACCCAUCUACAAACAGCAUGAUGCAGCCGCCUCGGCAGCCCAGAGCAAGUCUUCAGAAGACAUCAUCAAGUUUUCCAAGUUCCCAGCAGCCCAGGCGCCAGACCCCAGCGAGAUACCAAAGAUUGAAACAGAUCACUGGCCUGGUCCCCCCUCACUGGCUGCCAUAGGAACUGACAUGAGACGCAGAUCUAGUAGCAGAGAGGAAGAUGAGGAGGAAUUUCUGAGACGCCGGCAGCUUCAAGAAGAACAAUUGAUGAAGCUUAACUCAGGCCUGGGGCAGUUGAUCCUGAAGGAGGAGAUGGAAAAGGAGAGCCGGGAGAGGGCCUACCUGUCCACCAGUCGCUACGACUCUCCUAUCCACUCAGCUUUACAUGCUCCAUCAUCAAAAACCUCAUCUCUCCCUGGCUAUGGAAGAAAUGGACUUCACCGGCCCGUUUCCACAGACUUUGCUCAGUAUAACAGCUAUGGGGACGUCAGCGGGGGCAUGCGAGGUGAGGCCCCAGGGCUGGGCUGGCCAUGGUGCGCCUUCCCGAGCCUGAGGCUCACAGGAGGCCACAUAAUCACAGACUACCAGACCCUCCCGGAUGGCCACAUGCCUGCAAUGAGAAUGGACCGAGGAGUGUCCAUGCCCAAUAUGUUGGAACCAAAGAUAUUUCCAUACGAGAUGCUCAUGGUGACCAACAGAGGGCGCAACAAAAUCCUAAGAGAUGUAGACAGAACCCGACUGGAGCGCCACUUAGCCCCAGAAGUGUUUCGGGAAAUCUUUGGGAUGUCCAUACAGGAGUUUGACAAGUUACCUCUUUGGAGACGCAACGACAUGAAGAAAAAAGCAAAACUCUUCUAAGUCCUGCACAUACAUGGCAGUUAGCAAAAAAAGGACUGUCAAGGCAGCAAUGCCUAGGAUGUGUUUUAAGGCCCAACCUUGAUUGGAGAAUUUACAAACUCCCAUCUCUCAGCAACAACAAAAAGGGAAAGUCUGGUCACAACACCAACCCGUGAGCCAAACAUUGGGCCAACCAGUGGUAACACUGGCCAAGCAGCAAUGGGUUAGGGAUUUCUAUGUCCCAAAACUUAGCAGUAGUGUCCACAUGUGACCUUUUUACAUGACCUUGUUCCACAACAGGAGCUUCCUCUUUCCCCUUUUGUUUUCCUGUAACUGUUGUCCAACGUAGUGCUGACUGUACUGAUACGAGCCAGCAAGUGCCCUUAGGAUGCUGCUCGGGAAGAAGGAGUGUGCUAAUUCCAAAGUGUAACUGUAUUUAUUAUGUAGCACUGCGCUGGGGAGGAGGAAUCGGAGGAGUGAGGAGUCCAUACUGUUUUCUACCCACCUUUUGUUGCCAGCCUCAGCAGUGCCUGUGCUUGAGCUGACAUGGAAAUCAGGAAGGGAACCAGACAGCUCUGAUCAAGUAGAUGACUAUUGGGAAAAACCAUUUUUGACAAACUCCUUGUUCUCUCCCGUUUGCUGGGAACAGGCUGGCUAAUUGCUUGGCCAUUAGUCAAAUUUUUUUUUUUUUCUUUUUGGUACUGGGGAUUGAACUCAGGUCUUUGAGCUUGCCAGGCAGGCGGCGGAACCACUGAGCUAAAUCCCCAGCCCUCAUUAGUCAAAUUUUUAUAGGAGAAAAGAAAAGGAAAAGGAAUGAUGGAAACCAUCCUGGAGUUCUUUCCUGUUUCAGGUAGUGUGCUGAAUCCUUCCUCCCCAUUAAGGACAGGAGCUGGCUUGGGUGCCACCUUUGCAAAGAAAGGACAGACAAACUAUCUCCAGUGGCCUGGCUGCAUGCUGCUGGUGAUUUUUGUCCAUGGAUCCUGUCAGUCUUAGAAAAAAAAAAUUAAUGUCCUGUCACCAACCCAAGCUCUUCUACUCUGUGUCCCUUGCUCUGUCCAGCAUCCUAUGAAUCAGAUCAAGCCCAUACUGAUUUUCUUCAGUAACAGGCUAAGGAAAGGCACGUUUUUCUCUUAAAUCCCUGCAACUCCAAAGUAGACUGCAUCAAACAGAUUUAUUUUGCCCAGCACUGUUAACAUCAUGGAGUGGAGAUAUGUGUUUGUGUGUGUGUGUGCACGUGUAGACAUGAGCGUGUAACUCACCCGGGGCAGUCUUGUGAGUCUGCAUGUGUUUUAUAAUUUCUGCUUGAAUGUCACACUGUGCUGCUGCUUCUAAAGGACAUUCACACAAGUGCAUGUGACUCGAACAUCAAGAAUGAGGCUAGGCUCUGCCCCCAAUGUCACCUCCUCUGUGGGGAAGGUGUUGGUCCUAGGAAGCCAGCGUAUCCAUGUGCUGGGGCAGCUCCUGGUGGGAUUGGGCUGGUUUGGAGCUCAGAGCAUCACACUGGAGCCCUCGUACUCCACAACUCUCAAUUCAAAUUGGAGCCUCUUUCUCACUAAAGUGUGCAAGUAAGACCACAUUGUGAGGCCUGGUGUGAGUUGGAUAAGGGAAAAUCUCUAAGGUGCAAUCGCAUUUGUUCUCAUACUUUGAAGCUGUGCUUAAGAGUUUAAGCUCUUUGUUAAAGCCAAAGGAGAAAGCUUUUGAAUUCACCUGCAAAGUCCUCUGAGAAAAGAAGCUCAGAGAUUCUUCCCACUGCACCAAGGACUAGGAUUACCAGCCAUCCACCUGACCCCAGUGGUAAGGAGCAAGCUGCAUAGUUUCGGAGCCUGUGCUGCAGCCCUUGGACUUGUGGCACUUCUGCCCAUUAGGUUUGAGGGCAGUGGUGAAUGCUGUGGUUGCUUUAAGUAUUCUUCUGUGCUCUUAUGGAAGGAAUCUGAGUUUGAGAACUACUCUCACAAAUCCAAGUAGGGGCUAUGUGUUGGACUCAUGGACAUAUUCAGCAGGUGGCUCUGACAGAAUGGGCCUGAGCAAAGAGACUGGCUUCCACCUGGUCGGAGGCAGCCUGCUGUCUUCCCCUGCAGGCCUUAGUUACCUCUCACUUUCCUGUGUUUUCACUGUCCUUUCUCUCUGCACAAAGCCUGUACAUCGCAGUUCUUGCUUUGCCCUGGCAGAGUGUAGAGAUGGGGACUAUGGUGGAUUCAGUGUCCCCCACCAUAGUGACUAACUGGUGGCCACGUGGGUCCCAGCACUUGGCUGAUGGAGAGGAUAUUUUUCCUUAUGGCGAUAGUAAAGAACCCGCCUGUUUGCCUUUGGUUAAUGAGCCCUCACCCAUAAACAUGCAAUCACAUUGCCAGGGUGAGACAAAUGAAGGUUCUUCCAAGGAUGGAUGCAAUCAGAUGGGGUGGCCCAGUUCUUGCUUUUCUGCAGAAGGACAUGGCUUUGUCACAGAGUAGGAAAAUCAGACAAAGAAGGGACAACCCUCUUUAUGUCAGAGACUCAGAAAGAAGGGCCUGCCUAAGGUUGCAGUGCCAGUUAAAGAACUGGACUCUAUUCUGCUCCCAUUAAAGAAACCCUGCCUUUCUUGUAUCUUUUGAACUCAGUUCUGUAACUGGCUUAAAAUUUUUGAUAAAGCUGCUUUCCAUAUAAAGUUCAUUUAAACUACACUGUGCGGAAAUGCAAUUUCUACAACACAUCAGUGGCCUCCCGUCUACAAGCAGAGUAAUGCUCUGCCCUGGGGAGGGGCUGCUGGAGACGUUACCUGGAGUGCACCCCCCUCCCAGGAGAAGGCUCCAGCUGGAAGGAUGGUCAGGGAUCUGUCUGGUUCUGACUGGCCAGCCCAGGGCAUGGGUGGUUACGGUGCCCUCUCCAUUUUAUUAAACUAGGCUCAGCAUCCUUGACCUCAAAAUGUUGAGGCCAUAGCACAGGAGAGGUGCUUAACCCUCCUGUUACGCUCUGCUUAACCCUCCCCUGUAUUUCACUGGAAAAUGUGAACUGUUAACACAAUUCAAGUCGCUUGUUCACUGUAGAAAAAGAAUUACAUACGCGGCAGGCUCGAUGCCUAUAUUAAGGGCUACAUUUUCAAGCAUUUGACUUACAACUUGAAGUGCAUAUUAAUUGCCUGAGGUAGAAGAGGCCUCUAUGACAAUGAGAGUUCGUGCUUCCUUUAAGAUGUCUUCAAGGAAGUCAUGUGUUCUUCCCGUGUGAUUUAUUAGGAGAUACGAAGAGCAUCUGGAAACCUGUACAGCUAGCUAUGCAUUUCAGUUUUGGUUUGGGGGUUGUUAUGAAAUGUUUUUAAUAUAACUUCUUCAUUAAUUAAACACAAACUGCCUGUUCUCUGAAACCACGAAGAGAAAAACUAAAGUUGAUGGAUAAUAAGGUGCAAAAAAAAGAAAAAAACUAGGGAUAGUUUUCUAUCUGCACUCUCCUCUAUUCUCCCUCAACCCUAACCCUGCUGCCCCCAGGCUGAGUCCUCUCUUCUGAGCCACAGGCUGGAGGAGUUUUCUCUCCCAACCAUCACCUCUCCCAUCUUAGUCGGUAUCAGUCACCUGUAACUCAGAGAAGUGCAGCUGGUAAUGUUUCUAAAACUCUGACCUGAUUUCUUUAUACUUUGAAGCAGGCAUCUUUUUCUAAGAAUUGCUUCUCAGAUGAUGAUAGAAAAUACAUAUGCUUUUGCAAGUUUAAAAGAAUUCAAAUUAACAAUUUCUGAUUAGGUGAGUCUUUCUAAAAAAUUACUUAGUGCAAACUUAGCAUUGGCAUUCUGGGGUGGGGGGGACAAGCCUGGCCCCAGCGUGGGCACUCGCUCCCAGCCCUGUUUCUGGCCAUCAGAAUGAUGGUAGGAGGGAAAUGAACUCUGUCGCAUCCACCCUUCUGUGUCCUGAAGCAAGUUCAGAUUUUAAAUCGCUUUGUCUAUAUUUCUGGUAGCUAUUUAAUCUGUACUUCCUGUGCCAGCCUUGAUUUUAUUUGAUUUUCAAAAUUAUUUUCUUUUGACAAACCGAGUAUUUAUUUAUGUGCCCUGAAGUUUGUCCUUUAAUGCUUCCUUUUGAAGAACAUUUCUGUCCAGAAAAAGAGAUUAUUUGGGGCUUAAGAUUUGCAGUGAUAUCAUCCCUGAUAAUGUACAUUGAGGGAACUAACCAACUAACUACACUGUGACUCAAGGAAGAGAAAGCUUUACUUCGGGAUUUAAAAAAAAAAUUACAGUAUCUUUCCAUUUGCUACUCAGGAAGCAGAGGGAGAUGGUGACAGAUAUGCUUUGCAUAUGGAUUGUUAUAUUUUCAUUUGGGUAGGUUUUUGGCAAACUCAGAAAGGGGGAGGUGGUCACUUUAAGUUGAAACUUUUUAAACAGUGAAUGUAUACACAAUAGAAUUAAAUCCAAUGUUUUCUGAAGCUUAGUGUAAUUGAGUGCUAGUUAUCAUUAAAUAAAACUCAUCCCAAAGUGUCCCUCCCGAGAGUGAGGUUCCCAUGAGUAAAUUCCUGAGCCCUUCAGUGGGAGAUGGAAGGAGACAGCACUGUGUACCCUAACGUGUAGAUAGGCCGAGGCCGCUGCCCGACUGUGUAUGCAUAUGUUUCCUUGCCCUGCGGAAGAGGAAAGACUUGUCCCCAAAACUCAUGUUCCUUUUGGGUUUUGUGUACAGACUUGUCCAGUAAUAAAUGUGAGUGGUUUCCAUGUGUUGCCAUCGACUCUGCAUUGAA